AUGACGGAAAAUGGUGUUAAACAAUUCUUUGCCACUGAAAAUGGGCUAAAUCCACAGGUGGACUUGGAAAGCAUCGAGAACCGAAUGAUCAUCCGUAGUGCUAUUCAAAGAGGAGAUGUAGAAGACGCGAUUGGUAGAGUAAAUGAAUUAGACCCAGAGAUCCUCGACACAAACCCUUUACUGUUUUUCCACUUACAACAACAAAGAUUGAUUGAGCUGAUACGGGCUGGCGAUAUCGCCGACGCAUUGCAAUUCGCUUCAGAAGAACUGGCACCCAGAGCAGAAGAACAUCCCGACCUUUUACCGGAGCUAGAACGAACGAUGGCUUUGCUCGCUUUUGAACUACCACGUUCAACAAAUACCGCAACCUCUACCGCAGUAGGACGUAAAGCAGCUGCAAGUACUUCCCUAGAAGCUCCUUCUCACAUCGCUGAACUCUUGCAACCUGCUCAACGAUUACGUACAGCCGGCGAAUUGAACGCUGCCAUCUUGGCAAGUCAAAGUCAAGGAAGGGAGCCAAAACUUCCACGUUUGCUCAAGAUGUUAUGUCAUGGUGAAGGAAUAUUGGCAGGUUCUUCUGAAGGAAAAGUUUCUUAUCCACAUUUGGAUCUUCUUGGCUCGUUUGCCGAUGAACAUUCAACAAGCGCUCAUAUUUGAUCGCCCUUUUUAUAUACCACUGUUUUGUUUCCUUCUAUUGUUUUUCUGUACGGCUGUAUUUCUACUUUUUCCAAUUGAUAGCCUUUUGGCUCACAAAACA